UGGUUGGUUCUGGUUCCGCGCGUCCGUUCGCGAUCAGUGUGUGUGUAUUGACUGAACGGUAACGGUGAUCUCAAAUCACGGUUCAAUAACAUGUCUGUGGCUUUCGCUCCGCACCGGCAGCGCGCCAAGGGCGAUAUAACACCUGCCGGGAUACAGAAGUUAUUGGAUGAAAACAAUCACUUGAUUCAGUGCAUCAUGGACUUCCAGAGUAAAGGAAAAACAGCUGAAUGUUCACACUAUCAGCAGAUGCUGCACAGAAAUCUAGUGUAUCUGGCCACAAUAGCAGACUCCAAUCAGAACAUGCAGUCUCUGCUGCCCGCCCCUCCCAGUCAGAACAUGGCCAUCAAUCAGAGUGGAGCAAGUCCACAGCUGCCCCACGGUCACAGUAUGCCAUCAGACGGGCCGCCCGCAGCACACAUGCAGAGCCAGAUGAACGGACAGAUGCCAGGUCCAAACCACAUGUCGAUGCAGGGCCCGGGGCCCAACCAGACCCCCAGCAUACCCAGCGGCUCCAUGAACAUGACACCCAGCAGCCACGGCUCCAUGGGGGCGUAUAACCACACAGUGCCCUCCUCGCAGGGAAUACAGUCACAGGGGCAGAUGAACAUGAGCCAGGGCCAGCCCAUGGGCAACUACGGCCCUCGGCCCAACAUGAGCAUGCAGCCCAAUCAGGGGCCGAUGAUGCACCAGCAGGCUCCUUCCCAACAGUACAGCAUGCCCCCCUCUGGAGGCAGCGGGCAGCAUUACCAGGGGCAGCAGAACCCCAUGGGCAUGAUGGGGCAAGGCAAUCACGUGAUCGCACAGAGGCCCAUGCCCCCCUACAGGCCGCCACAUCAAGGACCUCCUCAGCAGUAUCCUGGUCAAGAGGAAUACUACACGGAGCAAUACAGCCACGCAGGACAGGGAGCGUCAGAGGGAAGUGCACAGUACGGUCAGCAGCAAGAGGCGUAUCCGCAGGCCCCCCCGCAGCAGCAGACGUACCCCCCGCAGCAGCAGUACACGGGACAGCAGGCUUACCCCGGACAGCAGCAGGCCUAUGCUGCGUCUCAGGGCGCUCCGAGUCAGUACCCCAACUAUCCCCAGAGUCAAGGGCAGCAGUAUUCGGCCUACAGACCGCCUCAGCCCGGACCCCCACAGGGACAGCCCCAGCGCCCCUAUGCUUUUGACCAGGGGCAGUAUGCCAACUACCAGCAGUAGAUGACGAGCUUUUGACUUCCCGACCAAGUAUUUCCAGUUUGGAGCUGUGUGUGAUCUGAA